UAUUAGAAAGCCCGUCUACACAAAACACAAACAGCCUGAGGGCCAGGCAUGUAACAGGCUGGGGCAUUUUUGCAAUAAGCACAGAAAUUAGCGUCUUUAAAACAUGCAAAAUAUGCCUUAGUGUGGUGUUAAUUAUCAAUAAUAUUAUCCAUAAUGAAAGUGGAAAAGGAGAAGCUUGUGUGUUAAAUUUCGGAGGGGAAUAAGCUUCAUGGCGCACGGUGGAAUGGCGGCGGGGUAUACUGUUUCUCCUGCGUGAAGAGCGCAGCGCUGGCCAUAAGUUAUUUUACCUUUACAGCCCACACCACUAAUUAAAUUAUUUAAAGCCAUCCUAUAACAGUAGCCGCAGUCUGUGUCUGGCAGAGUGAAUAUAUGAUAUAAUAUUGUGCUAUUACCUUUACCAAACUUUAAAAUCAAUGCGGUGUUCAUUGUGAGGUAUGGUGAUAAUGUUGGAUAGGUAGAGUGUAAUUUUCGAUUUGGAAACGCAACAAACAGAUGAAUAACAACAACGUUCAAUAGAUAUGUUACGUCAAAUUUUGUAUUUUUUAGAUUACAUAAUUUUAUAUCAACACACCAUAUUCCUUUACAUUGAUGUGUUUAAUGUGAAAAUCAUGUGCACUCCACACUUUGAUGCCUUUUCGGGUAAAACACUUAAUGACGCUCGUGCGCCUUUGCGCAUAGCAUUUGAACAGAUUUGAUCUUUCCCACAUGAAACCAAAUGGCACUUUCAAAAGUAGGACAUUGAUAUGAUUUAAACAAAUACAUUCUUUAAUUACUUCUGUUAAAUUUGAAUUUAUUUCAGGCCGUAUGCUUCUGCGUCUAUCCACCACUCUCAUUUCACCAGUUCACAAUAAUUAUCACACAGAUGGGAUUUUAUUUUUUACACUAGAAGUGUUUAACCCACAUAAAAUCACAUACUCUUGUCAGGGAAAACUUUUAAUUAAAAUUGUUUAUUGACAGCCUUACAAAUAUUACAUAUGUGCACACCACAAUUCUUAAAUAAAGUUACAGUUCUGUAAACGUGCAAAUAUUCCACAAAUAUUCUAUGUAGCUGUGAAGCUAAACUUGUAUUAUAGUUCUGUGAUCUGAAAAUACAUUAGCUAUGUGCAGUAGAGUAAUUACAGGUAUGGCAUUUAUGUCAAGUAAAAAGAAGUAGCACAACAGAUUCAUAUUUACAUUUUGUUAGACAAACUUUUUAGCAGUAAUACGAGUACUCACACAUGAGCAGUAUCGUGGGCAGACUCACUGGAGAGGCUAGUAGUUACAGUGCACUUGACAAAAGUGUCUAACACUCGCUUCCUCUCGCGCAGACUGAGUCAACACACACACUGCUCUUCCUCGAGCUGCCUUUUGCUGAGGUUUCCGCUCCUGCUCCACCGGUCCUGUGCUGCUGCUGGCCCGUGAUUUACUGUCCCCGGGGUCAUUUCUCAACUGUAUUUCUGGAGCACUUUUAUUGCAGCCAACGCGAGUUGGAGGAGAAGAAGGGACUGGGAUUUUUCAUUCUUUAUGGCGAGCCUUCCAUGCAGGAAACCCGAGCCUUACCUGAAACAGAUAAUAUAAAACAGGCAAAUGUGAGACGCGUGCUAAUGGCGCAAAAGCAUACACAACAUUCUGGAAAGUUAAAUGCAUACAGAUAAUAUAAUUUCAGUUAACAGGCACCGUGUUUUGUUUUACUUCAGAGUAGUCCGCUUUGAAUAGGACUUUCAAAGCGCGCAUGCCCUCCUAAUAAAUAAUUAUCCAAGCCUUUGAAUAGCAAAUCUGCUUGCUUUCUCUUCCAGACACACAAUGGCAGUUUCCCGUCUGCACAAAAGCAGUCGGGGCUGAAGGAAAUGCAGCAUCCUCGCCGCAUAGGAAGCAAACCAGCAACACACCAAACACGCACACACAAAGUUUGGAAUCCACUUGUUACACUAAGCGCUAUUACCCGUGCUAUCCAGCAUCCAAGGAAAAACUGGGCCGAAUAAAAAGUGAAACCGGUACCAUGUUAAGUCAGUGGAGAUGUUCUCUUUAGCCACAAGGCUGUCGUUAAAGGGCAUUAGGAAUAGGGCCAUAAUUCCACGUGCGCUCUCGAGCAAAAGGCCGCUAUGAAACGUAUUGAGGAAGCCGUGUGUCUAAAUAGAUGCUUUGGAUAAACAACUGCUGUAAUAAGUAACUUUUAUGGCGAUGCAAAGCCAUGGGGUCAACACUCAAGACUCAGAUUCGCGUACGCACACGCUCGGACACACCAUACAGACACCGCGCAUUUGUGUAGAAUUAAUGAACAGAUCAUUUCAGCUGAUAAUUACAGUAUGCUGUAUGUCACAUGUGAGGUGCACUGCACGCAGGUGGUGAUGGCCAGUUACGAUCAAAUAAAACCCAAAUGGACACGCUCGGUACGCUACACUACCUGUUGCUAGCCAUCUUACAUUUCAGAGACACACUUGUGUUUCUAAGCAACUAGUGAUAUCUCCGGUGCCAUUCUGAGCACCAUAGAAUAAUGUGGUAAGCACUGAUAUAACGUGUAUCCACACAGAAACUGCUUCCAACAAAGCGAAACACAUUUUUUACAUUGUAUGUAUCCAUUUAUUGCAUGUACGUGCACAGAUAUUUAUUAUUCUGAAAUUAUACUUUGACAUGUUUUGAAACUCGAUAGCUUCAACAUAUUUAGGGCCAUUCAUGUGUUGGGUUUUGUUUGACGGGCUUAGGCCGUGGCGCAUAUUGGCAACAUGAGCGCACCACCGCCAAAACAGAAGGAGAAAGAGAGUGUCGAUGUAUUCAAUUUUAGUGUCUUAAGAUUCCAUUGCGAUUCGCAUAGCGCAAUCUUAUUGGAAGGAGAGGCAACGGAGAGGGCAUGAAAAAAAGAGAAGGCGAUCGCAGGGCUUCGCGCCGGGGUCCCCCGGCGCAUGCAAUCACAGCCCCCUCAAGGGUGCUAUUUUGCAGGCGAGGGCUUCUGCGAUUGGUCAGCGUCUGGUCAGAUGGUACAGUUUCCCUCUGUCCCACACUGGCACUUCGCCACCCAGCACCCCCCCUCUCAACUAAAACCCAAUCUCCGAUAAACUACUAAUAGCUAAACCACUUGGACUAUAAAACACAACAAAUCAUAAACCCAGGAAAAGAACAGUGCCCUCCCAAUGAGUUCCUAUUUUGUAAAUUCAACUUUCCCAGUGACUCUGGCUGGUGGACAGGAGUCCUUCUUGGGACAAAUACCGUUAUAUUCCUCCGGAUACACCGAUCCUUUAAGACACUAUCCUGGAGCUGCUUAUGGAGCUUCCAGCGUGCAAGAGAAGGCGUACUCUUCCUCUUUUUACCAGCAGACGAAUGGUGCCUAUAGCCGCUCCUCAACCGCCAGUGCGUGCGACUAUGCAGCAGCUGGCUUUUACAGGGACAAGGACCCCGCGUGCGCUCUCGCCAGUAUAGAAGACCAUUCUCUUGUCCUAAGCCAGGACCACCGCAAGACGGACUGCACGGGGACACACAACAAGGGCUUAUUCGUCGAGAGCGACGAGCAGAAGCCGUCGGUACCAGUCUACCCUUGGAUGCAGCGGAUGAACUCGUGCAACGGCGCCUUCGGUAACCCUGGCCGGAGGGGUCGGCAGACGUACACCCGCUACCAGACGCUGGAGCUGGAGAAAGAGUUUCACUUUAACAGGUACCUGACUCGGAGGCGCCGCAUCGAAAUCGCGCACGCUCUCUGCUUGACAGAACGCCAGAUCAAGAUUUGGUUCCAAAACCGGAGGAUGAAGUGGAAAAAGGAAAACAAACUUAUCAACUCCUCCCAGACAAGCGGGGAAGAGGAGGAGGAGAAGAGGACAGAAUAACAAAAAAGGACAGUAGAUUGAAAAAUAGCAGAGAGGGCACACCAGUUCUCUCUCAUGAAAGAACUGAAAACUUUUCCCUUUCCUUCGUAUGUAAACGUUCUCACCAGUGAAAUUGUGUUGGUAAAUUCGUUGUAGCAUUCCAGGAUUCAUCUUAAUAUUGCAUUUUUAAUUGUUGCUGUUAUUUUCUAUGUUUAUCCUUUUGUAUAAUUAAUGCUGAAUACCGAUUAAAUGUGUUUCUUCGUACGCGCGUCUUAGAAGUCUUAUAAGGAAAAUGACUGUGUUUAACGAGCUAUUUGAAUAUGUCAUAUUCGUGUUCGUAUUUAAGAUGUAUUAAAAUAAAAAAGAAAUGCUCAUUGU